UCCAAUUGCGCGCCUUUAAUGUUUUUUGUGUGCAAAAGUUUGGAACAUUUUUUCAGGGGAUACUCAAAACGUUUCCUUAAUUUUGAUCGCCCCUUUCGCUUAUUUGGAUUUAAGCAUGUCCAGCGAAGCGAGUCUGGCUUCCAAAUGGACGCGACCUGAUGAUUUCAUAAAGCUGCAGCGGCUCAAACAAAAGAAGAACAAGUUGGCCGCACGUGUGAGCAACAAUAACAACAAGCGGCCGGGACUCCAGGUGGACGAGACCGAUAAAACCAAACUGCUGGAGGCCAAACUAGCCCAAAAGAGAAAGAACCCAUUUGCCAAAUCCACAGACGAUGCCAAGAAGGUGCGAAUCGAUACCGAAGUGCAGGAGCUCGAAACUGUGGUCACCGCCUCCUCCUGCUUUGUACGGGAAACCCCCACGCGUCCACCGCCCGCCAAGUUCGUCCUCCAAAAGUAUGACCCGCAGGCCUUUGCCAAGCUCUUUCAGCAGCCCCAAAACAACGCCGAGGACGAGGACGAUGCGGAGUUGGCCGCCCGACAGAAGCACACCAGCCACUUACCAGUGGACUGGUCGCUGAAGACGCGAGCUCGCUUCUUCUGUCCCACAGAGCUGCCAGCCAUCCAGCUGAAGACCUCGCAGCUGGCCAGCGGACUCACCAGCUUCGUGCGCUGCAUGGAUCCGCAGCGCACAGAGAGCACGCUGGACAUCUCGGACGCCACGCGUUUUAACCAGUGCACCUACUACUGGCAACAUCCCCAUCUGCCCUGGCUGACCCUCUUUCCGCGCACUGCAAAGGAAAACGUGGGCGUGGUGGUGGGCGAACGGGAACGAAAGGCUUUGGCCGAGGAGUGGGACUAUAGCUUUCGCGGGCUGUUCCAAUUGUUGCGGGCUCGCCAGUGCCCAUAUUUCUACCUGUGUGCCAACACCUUCACAGUGCUGUUCCGGGCUGCGGGAGUGGGCGGUCGGGCGGAGAGCCACGCUCUGGUCACUCCAUCGACGCGGGGAAUGCGCCAGGCCCUCCGGCAGGAGGGGAUCGAGUUCAGCAUGCCUUUGAAAAGUGAGGCCAACGGAAACGCACUCGACACCAGCUUUCCCGAGGAAAGCACUAGUAGCUCCUUGGGCCCAGAAAACGCCGAUGAGGCACCCCCACCUGCUCAGGAAGACGAGGAUGAUGACGAGGACUGGCUGGAGAGUUUGGGCGUGGACGAGCGCGAGUUGAGACGCAUACAAUCCUCACAUGCCAGGAAGCAGCAGGCUGCCGAGAUGCGGGAGGAUUUCAGCGACAACUCCCUGCUCCUCAUUGAUGGCGUAGAAUGCCAGGGGUUCUUCAGUUAUCUUUUAAAUGCCAAGAGUGCCAUUAGCACAGUGGGCCGCCUGGCAGGUGUCCCUCCCACUCUCUUGUCGCCAGUGGCCUUUCCCAAGGCCACCAUGCAGCAUUUGGUUCCGCGGUCCAAGAAAGUCCGCCUAGACGGCGUCGACUACUUCAGUGUGGACAUAAAGGGCCUGAUCCUGCCCACAUUCCUGCCAAGCGUGGCUGAGUUGCUAUGCGAGACGCGCCAAAUGUUCAGUUCCACGUUGGCCAGCAGCGUCAACACACUGGCCUUCAGCAAGGCCACUCAAAAGCUGCUCGAGAGUCCGGAGGCGCCGCAGCCGGAUGGAGAAGGAGAGGAUGCCGCCGGGCAGGUCUUCGGUGAGCAGAAUCUAUCUGAGUGCGGGCUGCUACCAGGAGUGGUGGGUUCUAUCUGCCGUACUGGGCAACAUGCUGUUGGCCUUUUGGAGCGCGUUUGCUACCAAAGAGGCGAGGGAUAUGCAUGGAGUUAGGGAACGAAUUCACCACACUUGCGGCAUCGCAUUGAAGGGCAGCUUGCUUUGUAGCCUAAUUCUUAAUAUGUACAUUUUGUUACGUGAAAUAAAAUAUUGUUCUAGCCAA